AUGGCCAUGCGCCGCCUCCUCAGCGCCCUCGACGUCCGCGCCUCUCACUCGCCGAGGCCUCCGCCGCCGCCGCCUUCACCGGCCCAGCAGGGGACGUCCUUCCCCAUGCUGCUCCCGGUCUUCCUCCUCUUCGUCCUCCUCCUCUGCUUCCUCUCCAUCUUCCUCCUCCGCGACCUCCUCCGCUUCUUCUCCCUCUGGCUCCGCCGCCGCCGCCGCCUCCAGUCCAGCGACGCGGACGCCGCCACGGGCGAAGAAGGCGAGCCCGCGCCCGCGCCGCGCAAGCCGGCGGGCCUGGAUCCCGCCGUCAUCGCCUCGUUCCCCACGGUGCGGUUCGAGGCCGACGCCGCCGGCUCCCCGGCGCCGGCGGAGUGCGCGGUCUGCCUGUCCGAGUUCGCGCCCGGCGACGCCGUCCGAUCGCUCACCGUCUGCCGCCACGCCUUCCACGCCGCGUGCAUCGACUCGUGGCUCGGCGCGCACACCACGUGCCCGGUCUGCCGCACCGACCUGGACGCGCCGCCCAACGAGGAGAUCGCCGUCGCGGAAGAACGCGGAGACCGUGGCCGGGCUGCAGCGGCGGUCCACGAGUUCACUGGACACCGGAUAACGUCGUCACCUCCGGCAAGUGGCCAGCGGUAACCAACGGUCGCCGGCCACGCAACACUGAGUGGCGAUCCGAAGAUGAACAGGGGGGCCGGCUGUGCAUGCGAGGCGAACCUGUUCUGUGAAGGG